AUAACAACAGUCGAUGACAAACACUGGCAAGAUUCUUCAUGAAACCGGCUCCCCGGAUAGUGACCUAGUGCACGCUUAAUCGAGGUCUCGCUCGAUGCGAAAAAUACAACGCGGCCUUCUUCUCGAUCUGAGAAAUAAGUCGCUCCUUUCCUUUCCCGCCUAAAUUCUCUCGGAAAUUAACAUCCAGGGCCCUGUGGAUAUCGGAUAUUAAUGAUGAUUAUCGAUCAAUCUAACUUGAUCCUGUCUGGUCGUCUGCUUAUCCUGAAAACACGACUGGCGUAUUACCUUGUUAAUUCUCCUGUAAACCAGUAGAUCAUGAUCAGAAUUGGUCUAAGGAACAUCCCGAUGUACUUUGAGGAAUCUUAGGCCUGUCUAGCUGAAAAUAUGGAUAAUUCAUAGUCUUCGCUACCAUUUCAUUUUAAGAAACUAUAUUGAAGAACAGUAAUCAACCUGAUCUAAGGACUAUUAUGAAGUCGGAAUAUCAUUUUGAACGGUGGAUCGAGACAAUGGAUAGAAUAAUUUGCAAAGGUGUCGACCUAGAAAACUGAGAUAACUUUUAUAUGACAAUCUCUCCGUUUGAUUAAACGCAAGGAUGUGGUACAGAUACAUUCUUUCCAAACGUAGGCCUACAUAAAAUAUUGAAGCCAGCAGGCAUCGUGGAGCUUUCUUUGGGAUGAUUUUCGUCAGAUCAUGUAAAUGAAUAACGAAACUGAUGUUUUACCAUGCAGUUCGUUGCUAUCCAUUGUCUACAGAAAAGUUUUGGAAUCGAAGAAAUUGUACUUUCACUGAAGAUUUUAGUUGUGAUGCUCCGGGAUUGCACAGAGAUCAGCAUCCUAUACUGAGUAGAUUGGUAAUUUGUUUCGAUCCGGAGCUCUCCCCUGUGGAAGAAUAGGAAACAAAACGAAUAACCUCUGUCUGGAGAUAAAACAAUGUCUUAAGUUCUUAAUCGCUUUUAUUGAUGCUACACAACUUUUGCUCGAAUUGAAAGUCAAGAGCUAAGCUAAGAGAAGAAUAUUAAUUUCUAGACGAACGGCAGAGGAGCUAGAGAGACGUAUAAUAGUGAUUGUAAAUCAGGUUGAUCGACAAGCUCUUUAGUAAAGCUUCCUUUACCGCUCACUGCAAACCCACGGGUGCAAACCAAGCAGAUCAGGAUGGCAUCAUUGAGGCGAGUCACAGCAGAAAACUUGAACUGUCCUCUCUGCAUGGACACCUUCGACGAAGCAACCCUUCUGAGCUGCGGCCACACCUUCUGUCGCAAGUGCUUGACGAAAUACGACGAGUUUCACCCAGACCAUGCUGACAUGCAUUGCCCACUCUGCCGCGAAGCCACACCUUUGAAUGAGAAACGAGUGGAAGGGUUGUCCUCCAAUGUGACCCUGAACGGACUGGUUGGGGAUAUCAAUCGGAUCUCGACGGGCUUACACCACGACGAUGAGUCCAAACCAAGGUGUAACCUUUGCCAGCCAAAGUCGAUGAGCGAUGACCACCAGGAGCAGGCCAUUGCCGUGUCAUUUUGCCACGAGUGCGAGGGCUAUCUCUGCGAGAGUUGCCUCUCGGGGCAUACCCGAAUGGUGCAUGUCUUCGGCACCCACCGCACCGUCUCUGUCCAGGAGGUUCGGAAAGAAAAAGAGCGGGACAGUAACAUCGCCAAGAGCUGCCCCGAACACAAGUCCGAGCAGAUGGACUUCUACUGCCAAGACUGUGAAGAAUUCGUCUGCCACAAGUGCACGGUGGUGAAACACUCUGGAAGAGAACAUUCCAUCAAGGAUAUCACUGAAUACGAGACGGAGACGCGACAGAAGAUCGAUAUGCUGGUCAUGAGGAGCUCGGUCAGGAGGGCGAAGAUCGAGAAACAUAUUGGUGACAUCAAGCAGGAGGAGAAGCACAUCCGGGUCAUGCUGACCAAGAUGGAGAGCGAAAUCAAUCGAGCUUAUGAUUAUAAAAUUAAGCAAUUGGAUGAAAACAAGCAGGCUUUGCUUGAGGAAGUCGCUCGGGUCGAGGCGAUGUAUUACGGAAAGCUCAUUGACAUGACGAAAACGGCACGUUCACUGGCCAAGAAAAUAUCCGUUUCAAGUGAGAUGAUUUCAAAAGGUAAACGAAAACCUUUGUUUGGUGAGAGUCGUGUCGCUCAUAACAAUCUCUAUCGAGAACUCGACGUCGUCCUCGGCGAAGAAGUAGACAUGAUGGCGCCAAGCAGACUUCGAGACCUCACGGGGAAAACAUGCUUUGUCCCGUCAGCAAGCGAUGUCAUAGACCUCGGUCAGAUCGGCGCUCAUAUUACUGGAUGGACGGUGGUCAAUGAAAUCGACUUGCCGUGUGAUGAUGCUAUGAACGGUCUCGCAACCAUGUCAUACGAUAAAGUUGCAGUGUCAUAUUUCAACGGCGGUGUGGAUUCCUUUAACAUCUACUCUGGCGAAAGAAAGUUGUUGAUCGAGAGCGACGAUCGCGGCACCCACGACAUUGCUUUCCUCAGCGACGGCCGAUUUGUCGCCACGAACACUCGCCGCGUUCUGAAGCUUUUCAAUGCCGAUCAAACGCCAACCGACAUCAGUUUCGACACGCCCUCAGAGACAAACGGACUGACAAUGCUCGACGUCGACGCCCAGGACCAUAUCUUUAUAUCUUUCUGGGAUCUUAAAAAGAUAUUCGUCUUCUCGCCAGCAGGCGGGAAGCCUCUUCGUGUCAUCAAUACCGAGCGAAUCCCUCGUCAGAUUUGCACGACGUCGACUGGUUCCAUCGUCACUCAGAAACUCGGCAACAUCACCGUGCUCGACGAGGACGGCAACAUCCAGUGGUCGGUGACGAAGAGGAAGGGAUACUUGCACCCCGCCGUCAACGAUAAAGACCAGCUCUACAUCGCUUGCGUCCGACCUUCCGACCAGUCGCUCUCCAUCGAGCAUUACACCUUCGGCGGCAAGCACAUGGGGACAGUUCUCAAGAACGCAAAGAUUGAGAUUCCGUCGCGACAUUGGUAUUACAUGACCUUCAUGUCACCUUCAUGCAUCGCUUUCUGCACCCCUGGCAAGCUCUACGUCAUUCAGAAGUCAUUGACCAGGACGAAAACUCUUACUGAGGUCAUCUCCCCGACAACAUAUGAGAUCGAUAGCGAAAUCAAAAUCUGUAAAAACUAAAUGUGGAUAUUAGGAUAUAUCAGCGACGUUUUGGCCUAAAUCUGGAAGAAAUUUGUGUGAUCUUAUUUAAAGCAGCAGUAGUAAAUCAUACUUGGAGUAGUAUUCAUCUGAAAUGUGGCAGCAUGCUUGUGAUCUCAACAUAGUUUUCGCUCAAUUUCACAUCUGGAGAAUAACGAAUAACUGAUGUGUGAUGCAUGUUGACAUCAUAAACGUAUCUCGACUUCAUCAAAAGGAUACCGAUUUUUACUGAACUAUCCCCUAUUUCAAUAUCGGAAGGAGUGUCGGUGACGUAAAUACUACUUCAUCUUUGGCCAACCCCUUUUUUUAACAAAGACCAAAUGUUCAUCUGUGAUUCCCUUUUCUCAUCUCUGACGUUUUUCAUGCGGGUGCAGUUUAUAUAUAUUCUGGAGUGUUCACAUAGCUUUUUGUAAAGUUUCGAACAACUUUACGAAUGACUGAAUUGCAAGAGUAAUAAUUGAAAUUUGUCGGCAUGCUCUUUGUUAAACAAGUGUGUUAAUACAAACAAAACUAAGUGUGGCAAAAAAAGGGCGGGGGGGGGGGCCUUGGUCAACCACCUUAUCAUUGUAAAGUGAUACAAAAAUUUUAAAAAUAGAGGAGAAAGGGAAGAGAAAGUGUAAUGGAAGGAACGCGAGUAUUGACAAAAGUGUGCUAGUUAUCGAUUAAUCGGUAAUCUUUGUGUUACAGGGCGCAUGUGGAGUCACUUUUAGGUCUCCUUGGCCUUGCCAACCCCAGCCCUCACCCACAUCCAUCAAAUUAUCAUGGCGCCUAAAAAUGGUAAAGUCUUCGGGCAUUUCAAUUGAAGAGUCGAUAUUCAAUCGCUUGUAGAGUUGUUAAUGGUAACUUAAUGCAUAGUUUAGCCUUAUGAAACAGACCCCGGAUAUUUCAAUGUAGCCCAAAAUGCAUGAGCGGAAAACUUAUUUUAAUUUGUUUAUAGUUAUAUGCAAUGACGGUGACGAUCAUAUUCGUUCUUCGAGCCUGAUGAUAUUGUUGGAUUUCUCUCGUAUUUGUAAUGCAUGAACAUUAUGGUACAGUUGCCAAUGGGGCGACAUUAUUCUUACAUUUUCACAUUUUGAUGUUAUAGACAUGCAUGGUAUUUGAUGUGUUCAUACCCCCUCCCCCCCAAAAAAGAAGAAAUACUUAGAAGUGAUAUUGUGCAAGCAUUUAUAUGUCCCAAAGUCUUCAUGCUUUGUGGGUGACGAGAUGGGACCGAAAUUGUUAAAUUAUUUCAUUUUCUUUCGGAAAUCUGGUGCCUGUUUCAUAACUUGCUCAUGCAUGACCAUGAUAACUUGCCGAUUGCCAUGAUUAUUCGUAAGUUCGUAACUAUCAUCAUAAGCAGGCCCUGCAGCCAAUUGAAAUUAAUGUUCCCAUGAUAGUAGCUUAAUGCCAAAGUUGCUACGCUCUGAAAUUCUUUAUAAACGGCAUCCGCACAAAACUCCUUCAACUUGUCUCGUUCCAUUUUCGCAUCAAUGCUAUACACACUAACGCGACAGUCACACCAACGAAGGAGAUUCCAAAGCGAUUGACGAUAUGCCAUUCGAAAUAAUAUUAGCUUUGAUUAUCCUGGAGCUGGUUUCGAUGGUUUGACUGUACAACAUAAGAAUAAUCGACAGGUAGCCAUUUGAAGAGAUGCGUUGUGGGUGGUAUAAUUUUCGUAAAAAUAACAAGAUCCCUUUCAAUUAAUUAUUUUUUUCUCUCAUUUUGACGAGAAACUAUUCACUUUUAUGCCGC